UGGGAGGAAGGUGGUGUGCACAGUGGCUUUUGUGCUCUGCUAAGGAGCAAAGCAGCAGCUGGAAGACAAAGAAGAUGGCAAUAAGAGCACUCAGGACAACUGUAAAUAACAAGCGACAUUGAAAAUGGAAGAAAAUCAAGCCAAAAAUCAAAAUAUUUUCCAUUUCCUUCAGAAACCACACACAAUUCUCCUCCUCCUCCAGAAGUUUAGACAAAAGAGAGAAAAUCAAGAAAGAAUAAACAGAUUAUGCAGAACUCAAGGAUAAAUUACGUGAAAAGUCAAGGGAGGUUCAUUCAGCAAAAGAGAAAUAUCUGGAAGUCAGUGGGGAGGAAAAGGUCAAUAACAAAAGUCACGUAGAACACACAGGAAUGCAGGCCUCUCCUUGUGAGGAAGAAAACUGCUUGAAUUAAAGCACCACUAAACAAGACAGUGUCCAUAUUUUUUUCCUCCUCAAGAAUAUCAGUUAUGGAAAAGCUCCAUAGAUUUGCCUAUUGUGGGAAAAGCACAGGUUGCACAUCACAGCUGAUUAUGUACUAGAGGAGCCAGAAAGGAGAAAAGCCAUAAAAAUUACCUCAAUGUGGCCAAAUCUUGUCAAAAAGCUCCCUUGGGGUUCAUGGAAGCACCCACACAAGAGAGAAGCCAUAAAAGUGCUCCCAAUGUAGUAAAUGCUUUAGUGAGCAUAGUAAUGUGGUUAUACAUCAGAGGUCUCAUAGCAGGGACAAAAUGUAUGAGUGUGCAGAUUGUGUGAAAGUUUCAUUAGAAAUUCCCAGGUCAUGAGACACCAAAGGACUCACACACAGGGAAAAACCAUUUGAAUAUCUUUUGUGUGGGAAAAGUUUCAGUGAGAAUUCCAGUCUGGUGAAGCAUCCAAGGACUCACACAGAAGUGAAACCGUUUGGAUAUCCAGAUUGUGGAAAAAUUUUCAGUCAUAAUUCCAUUCUGAUUAUACAUCAGUAGAUUGACUCUAGGAAAAACUGUAUGAGAAAAGGGAUUAUGGGAAAAGCUUCAUUAGAAAUUUCCAUCUCACGAGACACCAGAGAACUCACACAGAAGAGAAACCCUUUGAAUGUCUGAUUAUGGGAAAACUUUCAGUUGUAAUUCCAACUUACUGAUACACCAGAGGAAUCACAAAGGAGAAAACCCUUUCACUGUCCUGACUGUGGGUGAAUUCCAGCCUGGUAAAUACAUCACAGGAUUCACUCCAUGGAGAAACCCUAUGAGUGUCGAGAAUGUGGGAAAGGUUUUAUUAAAAAUUCCCACCUCAUGAGACACCAUAGGACUCACACAGGAGAGAAACCUUUUGAAUGUCCUCUCUGUGGGAAAUAUUUUAGUGAUAAUUCCAGCCUGGUGAAACACCAUAGGACUCACACAGGAGAGAAACCCUUUGAAUGUCCUCUCUGUGGGAAACGUUUUAGUGAUAAUUCCACGCUGGUGAAACACCAGAGAACUCACACAGGAGAAAAACCUUUUCAAUGUCCUGAUUGUGGGAAACGUUUCAUUAGAAAUUCCCACUUCAUGAUACACCAGAGAAUUCACACAGGAGAGAAACCAUUUGAAUGUCCUAUCUGUGGGAAAAGUUAUAGUGAUAAUUCCAGCCUGGUGAAACACCAGAGGACUCACACAGGAGAAAAACCCUUUGAAUGUUCUGACUGUGGGAAAAGAUACAGUCAGAAUUCCUACCUGGUAAUACAUCAGAGGAUUCACACAGGGGAGAAACCCUUUGAAUGUCCUGACUGUGGAAAAAGGUUCAGUCAGAAUUCAUCUCUGGUAGUACACCAGAGGAUUCAUACAGGAGAAAAACCCUUUGAAUGUCCUAUCUGUGGGAAAAGUUUCAGUCACAAUACCAGCCUGAUGAAUCACCAGAGUACCCACACUGGAGAGAAACCUUUUGAAUGUCCUGAUUGUGGAAAAAGUUUUAGCCAAAAUUCCCACCUCAUGAGACACCAGAGGACUCACCCAGGAGAGAAACCCUUUGAAUGUCCUAUUUGUGGGAAAAGUUUCAGUGAGGAUUCCUAUCUCAUAAUACACCAGAGGACUCACACAGGAGAGAAACCCUUUGAAUGUUCAGAUUGUGGGAAAAGUUUCAGUCGAAAUUCCUACCUUAUGAACCACCAGAGGACUCACACAGGAGAGAAAUCCUUUCAAUGCCCAGAUUGUGGGGAAAGUUUUGUUAGAAAUUUCCACCUCAUGAGACACCAGAGGACUCACACAGGAGAGAAACGCUUUAAAUGUCCGGAUUGUGGAAAAAACUUCAGUCAAAAUUCCCACCUCAUGAGACACCAGAGGACUCACACAGGAGACAAACCCUUUGAAUGUCCUGAUUGUGGGAAAAGUUUCAGUCAGAAUUCCCACCUCAUUAACCACCAGAGUACUCACACAGGAGAGAAACCCUUUGAAUGUCCUGACUGUGGGAAAAGUUUCAGUCGAAAUUCCCACCUCAUGAAUCACCAGAGGACUCACACAGGAGAGAAACCUUUUGAAUGUCCUGAUUGCGGGAAAAGUUUUAGUCGUAAUUCCUAUCUUGUAAUACACCAGAGGACUCAUACCAUGGAGAAAUCUUUCAAAUGUCCAGUCUGUGGACUUUACUUCAAGCAUAAAUCAUACCUAAUUGCACACAAGGAAAUCCACAUGAGGCAAAAGUUGAGUUUAGAGAAGUCUUGAAUUUCAUUUGUGAUCUCCCAUUCAUAAAGUGUAGUUGAGAAAUUGACUGUUUGAAUUCUGGCCUGGUUCUUUUUCAAACUUUUCUCAGGAUUAAGUGGGUAGAGAGAAAAAGAAAGUGGUUAUCAGCAGAAUCUUCUGGAUAUUUCCUUUUGCAGAAGUAGUGGAAUUUCUCAAAAAGAAUUUUGGGUGGUUUUGUAUGUUGAUUAUGGACCCACAAGUGGAAUUUCACUACCUUGGUUUUGCUCAGAUUUUAAGCCUCAGAAUUCCCCACCAGCAUAAAAAUAGUCCUCUAGAUAAAACUAUUAUGGGUCUUGCAAUUACAGUUGUAUGUUGCAGCAAUUGUUAAGUGAGAUUGCUUUCCUUAACUACCCAAAUCCCCUUGCUCUCCCUAAGGGAGUUACUAAUCGAAUGUGCAAGUUUAAUAAAUCAAAUGUGCAAGACUUGUGGAAGUGGGUGCCAUUUUGCCACACUGUGCACACUGUCAUACAGAAGAGGGACAAAUCUGUUUUGCUACCUUAACAUAAGG